CAUUUCUUAGAAGUCAGGGAAACAGCUAAAUACUUUUGCAGUAAGUCCAAGAUUUCUCCAUCAUUAUUCCCUUUUAUAGCUAAGAAAAGGUUUAGUAGGUUCUCUGCAUGUGUAGAGAGAAGCUGGUGAGUGAUCUGGUGAGCCUACACCUUGCUUCCUGGCCACUAAUCUUCCCCAAACUCUUGCACCCCCAGCCUGUUUCCUCAGUGCCAGCUGGGGCCAGGCCACUCUGAUAAUGUCUAAGACCUAUCUGCUACCAUUUGAUCUAGAACUUUGGCUCCUCACCUACUGUUUCUCCAGCUGGAAUCCUUACUUAUACCAGUGUUUACCAAGGAUCAGUUUCAUAACUGAGCUUCAUAAUUCAGCCCCAGCUUUACCACUUGUUCUGUAAAUCUACAUGGUUCUCUGAGCCUGGUUCCUUAGGUCAUGGGUCCUUCCCUCUCUUUUAUUUCAAGGAAAUUAAGAUCCCCUUUUCUCCUCUCUCCUCCUCCCCCACCCCCGUAGUGAGUUGGAGUUUCUUUUUGUAGCCUUUACAAUGGAAUCUUCAAACUGGAAUCCUUACUUUAUUUUUUUAACUUAUUGGUUUACAGUGUAAUGUAAAUUCAUGGAUUAGCUCCACCUCUAUGUAUAUAUAAUUCUGAACACUCCCUGGGGCCUUUCCUUAAAUGGUAGGCUCUUUGGGCACUGUUUCUGUGGGGAAACACACACCAUCUGCUGCAUUUUUGUUCUUAAAAAUGUUGCCCCGCUGUUUUAAGACCCUGGCUUUCUCUACUUUCUCUAUAUGAAAAUAGUUUAAACACAGUCUAAACUCUGAAAACCUGACUUUAAUAAAUUGAGGAGAAAGACUUUCCUUCUGAAGCCAAAAUGAUUCUGUAAUCUUCCAGUACUAGAAACUUGAAUAUCUUCCUUGUUCAUUAAAUAACACAAAUAUUAAGAUGUUAGAUCACAUGUGAAAAUACCAAAACUGCUUCCAGCUAUUUUUCCUCAAAGCCAUGAAGUGAACCAAUUGAUCCUCCAGCACUAUACAAAAUGUAUCCAUGAUAUUUCUGGGCCCCAAUGUACAUGCGCUGGAAAAAUUGAGUAUCAACUGUUCCCUCAAAAUUAACUCAAGCUAUUCCAGAAAACUAGAAUGGAAGCCAACCACACUGUCCUAAAAUAAGGUUCAUGAUUAUAGAAAUUACAGAUGUAGCUCAGUAAUAGAGUCAUUUGUUGUAUGUAUGAGACCCUAUUUUUGGUCCCUCACACCACAGUUUUUUUUCUAAAAAGGUUCAGCACAUUAGAUGUAACAGAUAUGGAGAAGAUUUUAUUGGACAGCCUGGACCAAAACUAUUCUGAAGGACUGAGCAACCCAGAAUUUCUGGAGUUGCUUAGGCAGUGUUUAAGAUUAUCACUGCUCUUGGGUGUAAGAACAGGGAAAAUUGACAAAUGAUUUAUUUUUCAGAAAUAGUAACUUGUUUGCCUCACUCUCUUUUAGAGAUUUGCCAUUGGACCCUGAAGUCAGCUGCUCUUUUGAUUUCAGUUUCUGUGAAAUCUAGGUCUUCCCCGCUGCUUUUCUAGCAGCUCUGGAGGUUACAUGUUAAGUGUCUGUCCAUUCUACUAAUUCCUGCACUCCCACAGCCAGAGGAUCCCUAUACAUCAGAGCUGAAGAUUAUCUUAUUGUCUCAGAGACCCUAGAAUCCAUCAUAGGACUACACGGCAGCUGACUUGGAGCCAGCUUAGUAACUGGAAUGUAAGGGUAGACAGCUCCUCACAGGAAAUUUAGUUACUCUGAUGAAGAGUGAACCUAUCAGUAUCUUGGAUUGUAAUUAAGCCUGAAAGUCUGAGUCGGAAAAUACUGGUGAGUGGUGGGGGUACAGGUGGGGGGACUGGAAGUGGCUUGCCUGAGCAUGUGGGAACUUCAGCCUGUGUCUAGUACCAAGUCUGAGACUUGCUUUCCUCUAGUUACAUAGCUCUUGAGGAAAGUCACUCAACUUCUCCAGUGUUUUCAUUCUCCACCUAUGCCUGCUUUUUGGUAAGUGCACAGACUGAAUUGGGAGGAGCCUGUCUGUGCUUGGAACCAGCAAUGCACCCGAGACAUGUCUUCACCAGUCUGCAUACCUGUGAGUAUCAGGCUAAAGAAACUGCCCGCAUUCUACCCCAGUAUUGAACAUUUUGGCAUGAUAAACAGGGUUUAAUCUUGUAAUCUGGGUAUUCUUCCUUGCAGCCACUUAAUUUUAAAGCAAUUCAGUCUAGCAUGUGUCAUUCAGUUAUGGAAACACAAUACCUAGCAGGACUGGUGUGGAGUAAUAUGUACUAGAAAUACCUACCUGAUGCAGCUCUCAGCUCCUCAGAUGAAUUAGUUUAGUAGAGAAAAACCCGCUACUUCUAUGAGAAAAAAAGAUUUUGGUCAAAACUUAUUCUGAAUUCCUGGGACUUCAAAAUUAUUUUAGAGGAUUGCUUUACAAACACCACUGGGUGCAGAGAAGAACCAUGGUGAUCUUGAUCCUGAUUUUGGCAUUUGCCAUUCCAGUAUCCCACAAAGUCCACUCCCUGGACUCGGUCGUUUCAUAUGUGCUAUUGUGUGCCUCAAGUCUUCUCUCCUCAAUUUUGGCUCCUUCUGAAGUUACGUCUCCCUCAAGAUGGCCUCUGAUGGCAACUCUGCCUCCAUUCCACUCAUUUGAGGGGCUUUAUGUGCUCCUAUCAUGGUCCUGAUACUUCGUUUUACUUAGUACCAUUUAUGCCCUCUUCACCUGAGUUCUCUGAAGAAGGCAGAAUAUCUUUAUCUCUUCUUUAUGUCCCGAUCUAGCACAGUGUCUGAAAACGGAGAGUGAAAGUCUCAUUUGCUGAAGUUUAUGCUGGGGUGUAAGAUUGGCCGUUGGUGUGAAUUAUUUGUUCCUGGGUACAACUGCUGAGGUAGCCCCUUUGGGUCAGUCCUGAGCAAUCUGACCAUCCUUGAAGAACCAGGCCAUUCCCUUUCCUCAUGUAUCCUCAACUAGUGAUAUAAUGCAAUACUAGGUAUGGAAUGAGCACAUGUGCUGGAAUAAGGCUAGUUCUGAAGCUUCAAGGGAGUCUUUGAGACUUCAUCCUCUGAUCCGCAAAUCUGGAUAAGAAGUGUCCCCUUUACAGGAUUCAUGGGAAAAGCAAUGUAAUUACAGAGAAAGAAAAUAUUUCCAUUAAAAUUUUUCACUGCUAAUUUAAGAGUAAAGUUACUUAUAUUAAUGUAUUAAAAUGUCACUUUGUUCACUGUAUCACUGUCACUAUCACUGUCAUCCCGUUGCUCAUUGAUUUGCUCGAGCAGGCACCCGUAAUGUCUCCAUUGUGAGACUUGUUACUGUUUUUAGCAUAUCAAAUACGCCACAGGUAGCUUGCCAGGCUCUGCCAUGCCGGCUCCAUACUCUCAGUAGCUUGGCGGGCUAAGGAAUCGAACCCGGGUUGGCCAUGUGCAAGGCAAAUGCCCUACCUGCUGUGCUAUCACUCCAGCUUGUCGCUUUGUUAUUUUAAUAAAUAUUAAUAUAUUAACAUUCAUAUGAUUUCCCCCCCCCCAAAUCCUUUUGGCAACAAGGUAUGAAAGAAACAAAGCUGAUAAAAGGUAGGUAACAGGGUGUGUAAAACAUGUAAGAUCUAGAUUAUUUUGGAAUUUCUAGGGAACAGCAUAAGGAAGAGAGGCUUGUAUAAAGAAAAAUUUUAUUAUGAUAUUGCCUGCUUCCUGGAUGGCAGAAGUUAAACCCCAAACACAGUACCUCCUGAUCUCCUACCAAGCAUUUCUGUGGUACCUCUGCCACCCACCUUUACUGAAAAGUAAGCCUUGUCUCCUUUUCUCUGUUGGGGGUAGUAGUCUGUGAAUUUUCAUGAACUAGUAAUUGGUAGAAAGAUGCCUGGUAGUAUAGGGAUAUCAGGGAUAUCUGUUCUUUAAACCAACAAAAAGGUAAUUCUCAACUGCUUUGUCAGGCAUUUUACAAGGUGAUGCUCACAACUGUCACCAUUAUUCCCAUUUAAUAGAUGGAGUCAUUAGUCCCAGGAAUUACAUAGCCAAAAUGCAGAAAGUUAACCAUUAAUGUUUCUCACUACUGGAACAGAUUAUAAAAUAUCAAAUUAUGAAGUAAUGGAAACUAAAAAUUUAUCUUAGGUACUUUCUGUCUCCCCAGUGUGAUUUUGAGCAAUUGAUCCACCUCUGCUUCCACUGCCAUCUUCUUCCCAUAGGAACACAUAGCAGUUUGCAAACAGUAUUAGGGUGAUAGAUGUAGGUUUGUAAAUUAUUACUUUCUUUUCACAUAAUUUGGUCUAAUAGAACUAUUAUGAAGUUAUGCAAUAAACAAAACCCACUUUAUGGAUAAUUGAACUGAGGCUCAAGUAUACUAAGAUUGUCACACUGCACCCAACUUGAGUCGAUGUGGUUAUUUGGGUGUGUGCCCUCUGGGUCAUGAUUGUAGUCUCCUGCACUUGGUGGGUGACUAAGUCUACAUUAAAUCUCUUAGAGACCGGUGUCAAUCUCCACAUGAAAUCCACUUAAACUACAUGGAAGUGAAUUUCUGCCACACAAGUUUGCUGUGAGCUAUGGUUUUCAGGCUGAGACUCUUGACAGGAAAAUAGUCUGAACCACCACUAGAUUCUUUAUAUUUUUACAAAAUAAUUUCAGGAGAAGAUAGUGAAGCAUACAACAGUGCACUUGGUGAGGCACGCAGCAGCACACAUGUGAGGUGUGCAGCAGUACACGGUGAGGCACGCAGCAGCACACAAAGUUUUCAAUGAACAGUGAAAAGUUUUUUUUAAGGGAGGAUUAAAAAGUUUAAGGGAGAAUGGAUGAUCAGAGAGACAGGGAAGCCCCUAAAAUAAGAGAUUAUAACCCAAGGGUCAGGGAUAUGAAAGGGUGGGGUGCAUGCCAGAGCCCUGGAUUUUAUCUCUGGCACUGCUUGGUCUCCAUAGCACUGCAGUUGUGACUUCUAAGCAACCACCUGGGCCAUGGAGAAGCCCUCAGCCACUGCCAGAAGUAGCCCCAAAUCAAACCAACCACAAUUAAAAGACACUUGACACCCUAAAAGAGGUGCAGUCAAGCUCAGUAUGGAGUGCUGUAAGUUGCUUUGGGUCACUGAUUAUUUGUGGGUCUUUUACAGUCUGUCUUGGUUUGGGCUCAGAGUCCUUGCUAAGGAGUUGUCAAGGGUUUUUAACUCUUCUCUUUGUCCUCAGUCUGGUUCUUGCCUGUGAAUUAUCUCCAAAUAGCUUCAAAACUCUUCACUGAGCUCCAUUUCAAAUUAAACAUUGUCUUUCCAAACAUUUCUCCGGGGUCUGUUCUCCUGAAUCUUACUGCCUGCCUACCCUAAUGUUUACAGUAACUAUGGUGAAUUCUGAAAUAAACUAUCCAGUUUCUCCCCCCUCACAGUGAUUUUUGGUGCCAAUUACAGUGGCAAUACUAUGGUUAGAACCUCCCUCUGUAUAAUUCAAUCUUGAGGAACUAGGUACUUUCACACAACAUUUUUUUCUUCUUUAUUUGUGAAUAAAAGGCAAAAGGGGUUUUGUUAAGAAUACUGGAGGGGUGGGGUGGAGAGAUUGUAUGACAUUAUAGCGCUUGCUUUGCAAGAGGCUUCUCCAACACCUAGACUCCAACAUCUCUGACUCCCAGAGCACUGAAGUGUUCCCCCAACAAACCAAAGGAUCUUGGAGACAUAAUUCAGCACCUUCAUUUCCAAAUCCUGGGAAAGCUCUCGGCUGUCCUCCGGGAACCAGGGUCUUGAUGGGGUGAGGCAGGUGAGAGCUGCAUGCUUUCCUCAGGCCCUCUCUCCGGGAGACCCUUAGGAGAGCCGGGUCUUUGUGCCGAACAUAGUGUUUUAAUCAUCAGAUUUUCGGAUUUAAAAUAAUACGCAAGGACCUUGGCAGGGUGCAGAGAUUCAGGGAUACGCUUCACGACGUUGUAGGAAGGCGGGCAAAUGCAGCCCCCCAGAGCUUCUAGGUCAAGUGCGCUUUACAGCCCAUCCAGAGCUUGCAACACGGUCGGUUUCCGAUUUCGGGUCAGCCCCGCCCCCGUCCGAGAGGCCCCGCCCCAAGCCCCGCCCCGACCCAGAGGUCCGUGCUCCGCUCGUCCAGAGGCCCCGCCCUGGAGUGCGGCGCGAGGCCUUCACCAGCACGCCCGCGCAGGCGCAGAUCUGAGCCCGUCGGCGCUGGCGACUCGCCCCGCCCUUCCCGGCCGAGAUGGCGGCGCUGGUUCGCCGCUGGGCGCUCGUGUUCCCGGUGCUGUCUCCACAGGUGCUGUCCCCACAGGUGCUGUCCGGGAGCCUGCCUGGCGCCAGCCGCGCCCUUCACGUUUCUGCCGUCCGCGCCAAGAACCGGGCAGCCCGAGUCCGAGUGGGCAAGGGGGACAAGCCCGUGACGUACGAGGAGGCCCACGCCCCGCACCACAUCGCCCACCGCAAGGGCUGGCUGUCAGCGCACACAGGUAACCUAGAUGGGGAGGAACAUGCUGCAGAGCGGACUGUGGAAGAUGUUUUUCUUCGAAAGUUCAUAAUGGGCACUUUCCCAGGCUGCCUAGCUGAUCAGCUUAUUCUAAAGCGUAGAGCCAACCAGCUGGAAAUCUGUGCUCUGGUCCUUAGACAGUUGCCUGCACACAAGUUCUACUUCCUUGUAGGCUACAGUGAAACGCUGCUGUCCCACUUUUAUAAGUGUCCUGUUCGACUGUACCUCCAGACUGUACCCUGCAAGGUUGUGUAUAAGUAUAUUUAGGACACUUAAAUGCCGGUAAGGAGUGAAAUAAAAAUGAAGGAAGCUUGUCUGCUCAUA